AUGCCCCAAUGGACCCCUGUGACGGCAUAUUUAGUGGCCCGGGACUGAACGCGAAACUGACGAAAACAUAGCUUGCUUUUGUUGUUCAAUUCACGACAAAUUACAGGAAAAUGCCGAAAGUUAAGAGGAGCCGAAAGCCACCCCCAGAUGGCUGGGAACUUAUUGAGCCAACUUUGGAUGAGCUGGAUCAGAAAAUGAGAGAAGCUGAAACUGACCCUCAUGAGGGAAAGCGGAAGGUGGAAGCUCUCUGGCCAAUUUUCAGGCUGCACCAUCAACGGAGCAGAUAUAUCUACGACCUCUUCUUUAAAAGAAAAGCCAUCAGCAGAGAGCUGUAUGAGUAUUGCAUUAAGGAAGGCUACGCGGACAAGAACCUGAUUGCCAAGUGGAAGAAACAGGGCUACGAGAACUUGUGCUGCUUGCGUUGCAUCCAAACCCGAGACACCAACUUUGGAACCAACUGUAUUUGCAGAGUCCCAAAGAGCAAGCUGGAAGUUGGAAGGAUCAUCGAAUGCACACACUGUGGAUGCAGAGGAUGUUCUGGCUAAUUGCUUAUUUUAUGCUGAACACCACCUCUUGCUCAGACAACUGCUUCAGAAACAAUUGUUUUUUUUCAGCAUCAUUCCCAGCAUCCUUUACAGGGCUCUGUAUUCUCUACCAGAAUACGUCGAGAAGGGCCUUACUGUUUUCAAUGUUAUUACUCUAUUCUGUGUUUUUAAUGUCCUAGUAAAACCAUUUAUUUUCUGAAUCUCUAAGAAGGAAGUUGUCUAAAUUAAACAAGGUGCGGAAAAUCAUUUUCAGUUGGUAUGUUUUGUUUUAUUCAUAGUUGGCUAGUAACUUAAAAACAUUUAGUUUUUAAAUCAUUUUGUUGUAUUAGUUUCAAUAAAACAAUUCUAAUUAA